AUGACCAUCAUCCACGUUGUGCAGUUCCAAUUCAAAGAGCUCGUCCCGGCGGAGGAGGUGAAGUCGAUAUGCGACUCGAUGCUGGCGCUUAGGGACAAUUGCAUCCAUCCGACGUCCAACAAGGCGUACGUCAAGUCCAUCGCCGGCGGGCUAGACAACAGCCCCGAGGGCAUCCAAGACGGCAUCACGCAUGUCUUCGUCGUCGAGUUCGAGAGCGCCGAGGACAGGGACUACUAUCUCCACAAGGACCCGGCGCAUCUGGCGUUUGUGGAAGACGCGGGCCCGGCUAUCCUCAAAGCACGGGUCGUCGACUUCGCGCCGGGCGUGUUCUGA